AAAAAAAAAAUAAAAAGGAAUAAUAAACAAGAAGAGGACAUGAAGCACAGAGAUUCUGCAGACUGCAGGUGACCAAUGGACAACUUUAUCAAUAAAAACAUACCUACUACUCUCUUACACUUUCAAUUUUCCAAUACAACCCCAAUCUUUAAUCUCUCUUAGCUUCUUCUUCUUCAUAUCUCUCUCUCUCUCUUCAUGGCAACUAGAAUUCCAUUCACAGAGUCACAGUGGGAAGAGCUUGAAAACCAAGCACUUGUGUUCAAGUACUUAGCUGCAAAUGUUCCAGUUCCACCUCAUCUUCUCUUCCUCAUCAAAAGACCUUUUCUCUUCUCUUCUUCUUCUUCUUCUUCUUCUUCUUCCCCUUUACCGUCAAGCUUCUUCUCUCCCACUCUUUCUCCACACUUUGGGUGGAACGUGUACGAGAUGGGAAUGGGAAGAAAGAUAGAUGCAGAGCCAGGAAGAUGUAGAAGAACUGAUGGCAAGAAAUGGAGAUGCUCCAAAGAAGCUUAUCCUGACUCCAAGUACUGCGAGAGGCAUAUGCACAGAGGCAAGAACCGUUCAUCCUCAAGAAAGCCUCUUCCACUUACUCCUCCUCCUCAAUUCACGCCAAAUCUCUUUCUCGAGUCUUCUCUCUCUUCUUCCAGGGUAAGUAGAAGAAGAAGAAGUGGAUACAUGGAUGAUUUCUUCUCCAUAGAACCUUGCGGUUCAAUCAAAAGCUGCUCUGGCUCAGCAAUGGAAGAUGAUGAAGGCUCGUGUAGGGAGAAGCAGCCGGAUCGACAUUGCUUCAUCCUUGGUACUGACUUGGGGACGCGUGAGAGACCAUUGAUGCUUGAUGAGGAGAAGUUGAAACAAAGAGAUGAUGAUGAUGAAGACGAAGAAGAGCAAAGGAGCAAGAGGCUUUAUAGGUUUCUUGAUGAAUGGCCUUCUUCUAAGUCUUCUGUUUCUACUUCGCUCUUCAUUUGAUGAUCGUCUAUUGUGUUCUCUGUUUCUUGUUAAGUUGGUAAUGCAAAUUUCUCUUUUUCUUUUUCUAAGUGAUUAGGAGUUUUUUUGUGUGUUCCGUUCAUAGAUCCCCCCCUCUUACCAUGCAUUAUAUUAGCAUAAAAUAUUUGAACUUGUGUAAAGUAGUUAAAUUAGUAUGAUUUCAAUGUUUAUAUUGUUUACA